CUGCCAGCCAACAUCACAUCACCGUUGCCGACUCACACCCUAUCUCCAUAACAUUCCACCUGCGCCUUGGCCUGAUCUCCUGGUCAACUUGCUCACUUUUCAAUACCUUACAGUCUCUUUGUUGAUCAUUCUCCACAAUGGCGGAAAUCCGUCGCAAGCUCGUUAUCGUUGGUGAUGGUGCAUGCGGAAAGACCUGUCUUCUCAUUGUCUUCUCCAAGGGUACCUUCCCUGAGGUCUACGUCCCUACCGUCUUCGAGAACUACGUCGCCGACGUCGAGGUUGAUGGCAAGCACGUCGAACUCGCCCUCUGGGAUACCGCUGGCCAGGAAGAUUACGACAGACUUCGCCCUCUCUCCUACCCUGACUCGCACGUCAUCCUGAUCUGUUUCGCUGUCGACUCCCCCGACUCUCUCGACAACGUCCAGGAGAAGUGGAUCUCCGAGGUCCUGCAUUUCUGCCAGGGUCUUCCCAUCAUCCUCGUUGGAUGUAAGAAGGAUCUCAGACACGACCAGAAGACCAUCGAGGAGCUUCACAAGACCUCGCAAACUCCCGUCACCGAGGAGCAGGCUAGACAAGUCAAGGACAAGAUCGGUGCCAAGGAGUACAUUGAGUGCUCGGCCAAGACCAACGAGGGUGUCCGUGAGGUCUUUGAGCAUGCCACUCGUGCUGCCCUUACCUCAAGAAAGGAGAGGAGUAGCAGCCGCAAGAAGUGCCUGAUCCUGUAAGCGGGCAGGCCCAACUACGCGAUCAACCCCCUCAAGGCAUGGAGAACAAAACAUGGUUUCAUGACCAUGGACGAAGCGCUCUUUUCCAUGUCGCGUC